AAAAAAAAAUGGUUGUGCUAGAAGUUUCCCUAUGCCUCUGUGUUGCGGUGUAACAAGCGGUUUGAAUUAUAAAACCUGAUUCGCACCUAAAUAUCAGGAUUCAUUUCGCCUUUUUAGUUAUAAUCCUCUCUAUUCCCCAAUGCAUUUCUGACCAUCUUUUGCUUCGCUGCUUAGGGUUUCAUUUUCCCCUUUUCAAGUUAUCUUUUUCUUUCUAUCCAAUUCUGAGUAAAGUUCUACCUUUUGCUUUUAAGGAGCUAUUGGAAAAAGAAAUAUGGACGGAAGGGGAGGCAGGAAUAGUUUCUUUGACCCCUUUGCUGGCUUUGGUGGGUUUGGUGGUAUGGGAGGUCAUCCAAGUAUGCUGUCAAGUGGGUUUGGUGGUAUGGGAGGUCAUCCGAGUAUGCUGUCAAGUGUUUUUGGAGGAAGAGAUCCAUUUGAUGACCCUUUCUUCACUCGUCCAUUUGGAAGCCCAUUUGGAAGAAUGUUCGAGACUGGCUUGUUUGGUGAUAAUGGAAAUCCUUUCACUGGUACACAUCCAGCUGGUUUUAUACAACAUCAAGAGCCUCAGCCAAAUAAACGAAGGGGGCCUGUGAUUGAGGAGUUGGAUUCAGAUGAUGAGCAUGAUGAAGAAGAUGAUGCUAAGAAAACAGAAGACAAUCACCGCAGGAAGCAUUCUAGAUUGGCCAGUGAGCCUUACAUUGAGAUUUCUGAUGAUGAAACAGAUGAUGGAAAAAAUAAACACAUUCAGCCCAGAAACGAGGUUAACAACAGGAUGAACUACUUGCAACCUCAAUCUCAGUCUCAAUGCUACACCUUCCAGAGCUCUACUGUAUCAUAUGGUGGUACUAAUGGAGCAUAUUAUACUAAAUCUUCAACCAAAAGGGCCGGGAGCGACGGGGUUAUGUUUGAAGAAUUUAAAGAAGCUGAUAGCACAACUGGUCAAGCAAAUCAUAGGAUCUCAAGGGGACUCCAUAACAAGGGGCAUACUCUUGCAAGGAAGCUUAAUUCCGAUGGUAGAGUGGACACAAGGCAGACACUGCAUAACCUUAAUGAAGAUGAGCUCGAUGGCUUUGAAAAUGCUUGGGAGGGUAGUUCUGGAAGGCAUUUGACUGGUGGUAGGCUGAGGUUGGAUGGAGGUAACUCAGAAGCUGGUAGCUCUGGACAGACAUACAGGCAAGGCUGGGCACUUCCUUCUACUCAGCGUCAAGGAAACCACUCUAGUGUACCCAGUGGGAAUAAUGCAUCGGCUCAUAUGCAGCAGACAGGUAGAAGGGCAACAGAUCGUGGGUUGAAUGGGAGAAUGAGGGGUUAAGCGACUUGCUAGCUGUAUCUGAUUGCAUAUGAAAAACCUUUGGAUCUUCUCCACAAUGCCCCUAUAUGUGUCAUAGUACUUUAGUAGAUUCUCAACAAUUUUACUAUACUAUCUAUUAGGCAUGCAAGCGUAUGUAUCCUUGCUGUUUUGAGAGUUCUGAGUAUAGCCUAUCACUUAGCCUUUCUAAUGUGAUGCUUUUGUUGUAUGAAACGUCCUGGUUGGGCAAUGUAUUGGGCAGCACAUUUAUAUUGUGCGGAUUUUAAAUAUUAAAUCGUGAUCCAUUUAUUGAGUUAGUUCUACA